GGAAGGUGUCUUGUUCGAUGCAUGUUCCUGUUGUCAAUUGGACCAUCUUCUUUAGCUUUCUGAUGUGAAGGCAUAUCCUGAUACUUGGAACUUUGCAUGACCAGUAGAUCGACGGUGAUAUCCACAUGCAUAUCAGCUAGAUAUUGGUUGACUGUUCCUCUAGUUUUCUGAUAUGCAAUUUUCCUAUCCAUAUGCAGCAGUUGUAUUUGUAUAUGACUUAAUUAGGCUUCUGAUGUGCAAGUUUUUUUGAAUCCAUUGUACCUUUACAUGACAAAUGCAUGUGCAAGUUUUUUCGUCAUCCUAAAAUCUAUCCAGUUUCUUGUUUUGUACUAUCACCAAUUUUUAAGAAAGAAAGUCAUACCAACCUUAAAUAGGUAUAUUUUCCUUAUGCAGUUAUGGCUCGUCUUCCUUUAAGUGCGAGGGGUGGAAGGAGAAAUGCAAUAUUUUUGAAUCUGACCACUUCCAUUAUGCUUGUAUACUAUUAUGUGUGGUUCAUGUUUGCAUUAGCUUAUAGGAGAAAAUGUUGGCAAAUAGGAAGGAGAAUUAAAAUUAGAGAGUUAAGGGGAGAGAACUUGUAUCGACUCAUUGGUGAGAGCGACGCUAUGUGUAUAAGUCAACUUCUUAUGGAUAGGAGAACAUUUCAUAUAUUAUGUGAGAUGGUGAGAGAUGUUGGUGGUCUAAAGGGUACAAGGAACACACCAUUAGAGGAGAUAGUGGCAUCAUUCUUGUAUGUGUUAUCACACCAUCUCAAAAAUAGGACAGUAGGAAAAUUCUUCUAUCGAAGCCCUAAGCCAAUUAGUAGAAACUUCAACGCUUGUCUUCCAGCUGUCUUGAAGCUGCACCAUGUGCUACUUAAGAAGCCUGAACCUAUACCCGAGGAUUGUACCGAUGAUAAGUGGAAGUAUUUCAAGAAUUGCCUUGGAGCAUUAGAUGGCACACACAUAGGCGUAACAGUCCCAGCUAAUUUGAAAGGAAGGUAUCGAUCAAGCUUGGGUGAUAUAGAUACAAAUGUGUUAGGUGUAUGUGCACCUGACAUGCAAUUCAUCUACAUAUUACCCGGUUGGGAAGGUUCUGCACGUGAUGGUCGGGUUCUUAGGGAUGCCAUCUCACGGCCAAAUGGGUUGCGUGUCCCCGAAGGCCAAUAUUAUCUUGUAGAUGCUGGCUACACAAACGCAAAAGGAUUUUUAGCUCCAUAUCGAGGUCAAAGGUAUCACUUGGGUGGUUGGACACCACAAAAUCCACCUCGUAGCGCAGAAGAAUAUCUCAACAUGCGCCACGCUAGAGCCCGAAAUAUAGUAGAAAGGUGCUUUGGAAGGCUGAAGGGCCGGUGGGGGAUUUUGAGGUCUCCUUCCUUUUUUCCCAUGAAGACUCAUCAUGGCAUGCGCACUCUUGCAUAAUCUUAUAUUGCAAAAGAUGUUUGUCGACCCACUUGAUAUCAACGAGCCAAUAAUACAAGAAACAUUAGAAGACAUGGAGGAAGAAUUGAAACAACCAGAAUUCAUCACUUCUAUCUCAACUUCGAAUGAGUGGACAAUUUUUCGGAAUGAACUUGCUCAGGGCAUGUAUAAUAGACAUAGGGGUGCUUGGGCGCAUUGAGAUAUGGACCGUGUGGAUAGCUUGAGCACGACUCGUGGAAGAGGCAAGAAUAAAAGGAAUUGGUCUUCCGAUGAGGACGAUGAGCUUAUUAAAGCUUUGUAUGUGUUAUCUUUGGACCCGAGGUGGAAAGCUGAUGGUGCCUUCAAGGGUGGAUACCUGGGGAUAUUGGAAAAGCAUCUUGCUGAAAAGUGUCCAGGCCGUGGUAUCACUGCAUCUCCGCACAUUGAAUCAAGAUUGAGGCACUUCAGGAAGAAAUUUGGUGCCGUUGAAGUAAUGCUAUCCAAAAGUGGUUUCACAUGGGAUGGAAGUCUAAAGAUGAUUCAGUGCGAGAAGGCACAAUAUGAAGCUCAUUGUCAGAUUCACAAGGAGGCUAAGGGAUUGUAUGGUGUUUCAUUUCCAUACUUUGAACAAUUGGCUUCUAUCUAUGGCAAAGACAUUGCAACAGGAGAAAGUGCGGAAGGCUUUGGAGAGGAAGUGGGAAACUUGGAGAAGGAAAUUGCUAUGGAGGAAGAAGAAAAUGAGGAAGAGGACAUGAUCUCAAUAGGAACAGCUCGACGGUCCAUUGACACUUGCUCUAUUGAUACAACUAGUUCGAAGAGGCAGAAAAAGGAGCCAAGGCCAAAGAAGGCGACAGGACCAAGCGAUCCAUUUGCAGCCAUGCUUCAAGAUGUUAAUAACCAGCUGAACAACGUGACACAACAUGUGGGUGCAACGACAACAUCAUUUACAACAGCAAUGGCGCGAGAAGUAGCACAAGAAGACCCUCAACAGAAAUCAAGAGAAAAUGCAAUUAGUGAAUUGUCUAGGCUUGCAUUUACUAGGAGCGAGAUCGUUGAAGCUACAACUAUAUUCUCUAAAGCUCCAGAGCACAUGAACAUGAUGCUUGUGCUUCCAGGCAUUCUGAGGAGGGACUUCGUCCUGAAUAUGAUGUCCGAUGAGAGGAAGAAAGGUUGAUGGGAAAGGAAUAUGUUCUUUUCCAACAGCGGCGACAUGAUUGAUGAUGAGAACAUAAGCAAGUUUGAGUAGAAGAGAAGAUAAACGUUGUGGCAGAUGAAGAUCGAUGGAAAAGCUACUUUGCAAGAUUCCGAAUCGUCCCGAGCUACCUUUCUAUUUGUCGUAUAAAAACAAUUUUAGGGACUAAUUAUGAAGUUUAUUCUGAAGUGUAGUAGAAUUCCGAGUUUGUAUCCAGAGGUUAAUAUGCAUUUCAAAAAUGUGUAAUGUUGAUAAAGUGGUGCCAAAUUCUGGUUAAAAGAUAUCUUUGCUUUGGAUGCAUGCAAAAAAAUCUAA